AUGUCUAAGGCUCUUAUCCUGCAGCAUUCUGUCACUAGUCUCUCUCCUAACUCUAAAGUCUCUGGUCUCUGGUCUCUAUUUACGUGUCGACCGUACAAAUGGAGGUGAUCGCUAACCAGGCUUUGCUAACGUGCGCUAGGGACACUCUAUCCACUUUGCUGACCUCGAUUGCUGUUGUGGUCAAUGCUGAGGUUUGA